AUGCUGUUCUAUUCUGUGUUUGCGGGAAUCGCCCUGAUCUCCUAUGCCACCGCUAUCCCGACGCUACAGUCGAGAGCCACUGAUGGUGUGAUCUUCAUUCACUCUGUCGAAGACCCCGACGCAUUUGCCGGUCUUCGCCGUGCCGCCCAGCUGUCGUCUGCUGCCUACACCGGCUGCACUAGCAAGGCCUUUGAUGUCAAAAUUACCAAGAGAAUUCAGGACACCCUGACUGAUACCCAGGGCUAUGUCGGCUACUCCGAGACCGAGAAGAAAAUCUCCGUUGUUAUGAGGGGCUCCACAACCAUGACCGAUAUCCUCAAUGACAUUAACACUACCUUGGUUACCCCGACACUCUCGGGUGUGCAAUUUCCCUCGGGAGCUAAAAUCAUGAGAGGAAUCAACAGGCCAUGGUCUGCUGUGCAUGAUACUGUCAUCUCGGAGGUCGAAUCCCUCGUGAAAAAAUACCCUGACUACAUCUUAGAGUCGACAGGCCAUUCGCUUGGUGGUGCCCUCACCUACAUCUCCUAUGUUGCGCUGGCUUCCAACUUCCCUGGCAAGGAGACCACUAGCAAUUCUCUGGCUGCAUUUCCUAUUGGAAACAGCGCCUUUGCGCAGUUUGCGGGCUCGCUGAGUGGAACCAUGAACCGGGGCAACAAUAUCGCCGAUGGCGUGCCGACAACCCUUCUAACUUUAUUUAUUCCUGAGAAUAUGUACGUGACUAUUCCCUACAGUUUUGAGCACUAUGGAACAGAGUACUACAGUUCGGGCACCGAGCGCUCCUGCCAGAAGUGCGAAGGGCAGCGAGACCGAUCUUGCUCUGCUGGAAAUGGCAAAUUGGGUGUUACCUCUGGACACUUCUCCAGCUUUGGAAUUAGCAUGGGCCUCGCUGGGUGUGGCAUCCUCUAA